GUUGAUGUUCACUGCAAAACGGCAGAGAGACCGCCCUGCUCCGCUAACGAACCCUCCACCCUCCGAUCACAUUCAUCCCUUUUCCUGCCGAUAUCACGAAGAUUAUUAGUGACUUUAUAACCGGCGGAGCUUCAUCGUUGCACACACAGCGAAAGGUCCCGCCGACGAGCUGCUAACGAGAAGCUAACGGGAAGCUAACGGGAAGCUAACGAGGAGCUAACGGGAAGCUAACGAGUUGAUGUCGGGCGGACCUCCUCUGAGCUCGGAUAUUUCUACGACGAGCUGGCGUCUCUUUAUCCCAUCCUGCCCGUCAACUUACUGCUCAGGGGCUUCACACACUCGGUCAUCGUCGCUCUGUCCGUCUGCUCAGCGGCUGCGUCAGAACAGCCUGACGCCUGUCACCAACGGACACAACCAGCCAAAGCUCAUGGUAAGAACAGCGCAGGGAUCUUAGAGCCGCACGUUCAGCAGAUUCGCUGCGCUGCCUUCACGUACCGAGCCAAGAAGUGUUCAGAGCGAGGAGACGGUCCUCGACACGGAGCCGCGAAGCUAGCGAUGCCCGGAUCCACGCCGGCCAGCAGCAAGGCUCGGGUGUACACCGACGUCAACACACAGAAGAACAGAGAGUACUGGGACUAUGACGCACACGUGCCAAACUGGAGCAAUCAGGACAACUAUCAGCUGGUUCGUAAACUGGGCAGAGGGAAGUACAGCGAAGUGUUCGAGGCCAUAAAUGUGACCAACAACGAGAAGGUGGUGGUGAAGAUCCUCAAGCCGGUCAAGAAGAAGAAGAUCAAACGAGAGAUCAAAAUUCUUGAGAACCUGCGUGGAGGAACUAACAUCAUCCGCCUGGUGGACACGGUCAAAGACCCAGUGUCCAGAACUCCAGCGCUCGUCUUUGAGUGCAUCAAUAACACAGACUUUAAGGAACUUUACCAGAAGCUGACGGACUACGAUAUCCGAUACUACAUGUACGAGCUGCUCAAGGCUCUGGACUACUGUCACAGUAUGGGCAUCAUGCACCGGGACGUGAAGCCGCACAACGUGAUGAUCGAUCACCAGCUCAGAAAGCUGCGUCUCAUAGAUUGGGGGUUGGCAGAGUUUUACCAUCCCGCUCAGGAAUACAACGUCAGGGUGGCCUCUCGUUACUUUAAAGGCCCCGAGCUGCUAGUGGACUAUCAGAUGUAUGACUACAGUUUGGACAUGUGGAGUUUAGGCUGCAUGUUGGCCAGCAUGAUCUUUCUGAAGGAGCCAUUUUUUCACGGCCAGGACAACUACGACCAGCUGGUCCGAAUCGCUAAAGUUCUGGGCACCGAUGAGCUUUUCGGCUACCUGCACAAAUAUCACAUAGAGCUGGACACUCGCUUUAAAGACCUGCUGGGACAACAAACCCGUAAGCGCUGGGAGCAGUUCAUCCAGUCUGAGAACCAACACCUGGUCAGUCCUGAGGCUCUGGACCUGCUGGACAAACUGCUGCGCUACGACCACCAGCAGAGACUGACGGCUGCCGAGGCCAUGCAGCACCCCUACUUCUAUCCUGUGGUGAAGGAACAUGCAAACGCCAACACAGACGGCACGAAGGCCAUCAGCGGCUCUAACGCUACAUGAUGAGCGGAGAGCAGGAAGAAUCUUUGUUACCUCAACGUGUGACCUUUUCGUGGCAGAACUUUCUGCCUCCACAUCGACAGCCAUACAGGAGCAAGAUGUCAGUUUAACACAAACACACAGAUUAUACGUCUCCCUGCAGCCUGGGGAUCUGCGCUGCUGGGUCCACGUCACAGAUAAACAGGAUCUGGACUCAGGUCUGACCCCCCUCCCUCCUCUCCUCCCCCCUCUCCCCCUCCCUCCCUCCCUCCUGUUUGUAAAGAGUGAGCAGAGCGACUGUGGUUGGAUCCGUGUCACGCCGGUGUUGUGCUGUAAAGACGUUUGUCGGUCAUUACGACGCUGAGCUGAGCUGAGAUCCAGCUCCAGGCUUUAGCACGGAGCGGCUCGGAGGCUCCGCUCUGCUCUGAUAGAACAAAAGCUAUAUUAAGAGAAUAAACCAUUUUUAUUUAAAGGA